UCAACUCUCAGUCUUCAUUCACCAAAACACAAUAUCACUUGUGCAACUGUUCUAAAUCAACAAUGGCUAAUCACUCCCUUUACCUUCUCUUCCUCGUCGCCAUAGCAUCAAUCAGUAGCCUUGCAGUUCAAGCAGAGGCUCGUCGUCUUUUGGAUGCACCUUUGCCUGAUCUCCCCGUUGGCCUCCCGAAACCCGAGCUACCAACAUUGCCACAGCCUGGAUUGCCUGGAUUGCCUGGAUUGCCUGGAUUGCCUACAUUGCCUACAUUACCUAUGCCAAAGCUGCCACUGCCACAACUUCCAAUGCCUCAGCUGCCAACUUUGCCAGUACCUGUGCCAAAGCUGCCACUCCCAGAGUUGCCAGUGCCAUUGCCACCUCUGCCUAGCCCUUAAGUGCUUAUCCAGAAUGACUCAUUUGUAUUGAUUGUUAUUGCUUGUAUUUGUUAACUACUUGUUAUUUUAAUGUCGUUUAAACUUUUGUUUGUAAUUCUCCAGUUGGUCGAUUAUUUGUGGCACUUAACAUUCUAAA